ACAGGCAGUCGCUGCACUGUUUACUUUCCACCUGUUUACUCUAAGGGCCAAAACUUUGAGAAGAGGAUUAACCCAGUUUUUCUUUUCACAUGAGAUCAGCCAGUGGCCAGUCGCUCUGCGUCUAGCACUGGAAAUCUCGGGAGAAUAAAACUUUUUGCAAAACUUUAAAGAGGACGUUUAUCUUUUGUGAACUAAUACGUGGAGAUUCUUCUGAGUAUUGUACACAUGAAAUAAAGCAUGUGUAAUUAAGGGACGAAACGUGUUAUGGACAUUGCUCCUCGGAAUCUGAGGAUCUGUGGAGGCACACAUACAGUGAACAUGUUGUACAGGUAUGGAGGGACAUCUGAAGAGAAACUGCUGAAGAAGUAAUUCUCCCUGGUGGAUUUUCAAAGACUUCAUAAUUGGCAAGAUCUAGGACAUCCCUCUUGCAUAUCACUAAGAGUUCACAGCGUUUCCAGAAAUGUAUCCCUACUCAGGACUGGCAAGCAACACCUAUUGUAAAGUUCUGCUGGCUAAUUAAAGAGGUGGUUGCUAAGAGAUGACGAGCAGCCUCGCAGAGAGCCUCUGAUGUGCUUCUGCUUUAACCUUCAACAAUCAGGUUUUCUGAACUGAAUUCAACCCCUCAAAAAAGAAAAAUCCAAUAAAGUGGAAUGGCAGCUUUAACAAACACCUGUGCAACCAAAACAGCACGGAACUCACUCCUGAAAGAGGAACCAUUCUCUCCCCUCUGCACUGGGGAUAUGGGCUGCAAUGGGACAGAACACCUGGAAACGGGACAGUUAACCAUGUUAGAAAAAACACAUGAGUUCUUCCAGAUAUGUGAUGUGGAAGAUAAAGGUUUUAUCACACGCAGGGACAUGCAGAGGCUUCAUGGUGAAUUACCUCUCAGUGCAGACGAGCUGGAGAAUGUCUUUGACACGCUGGAUGCUGAUGGAAAUGGUUUCCUUACCUUGGAGGAGUUCACCACAGGAUUCAGUGAGUUCCUGUUUGGUCAAAAGAUUUCCAUCAGUGAGGUGCCACAGGAGCCAGUGCAGUCUCAGACAGAGACUGUGUAUCAGAAUCAGUGGGAGGAGAGGCUGGCCGGGGGCGAGAAUGAUGAGGAGCGCCAUUUCUGCAUGCUAAUGGAGAGCCUCGGGGCCAGCAACCUCUUUGAAGAUCAGAGUGAAGUGAGGAGCCUGUGGGCUCAGCUGAGGAGAGAUGAACCCCACCUCCUGUCAAACUUUGAGGAGUUUCUCGCCAGAGUGUCAUAUCAGCUGCAAGAGGCCAACAAGGAGAAGAAGGAGAUGGAGAGUGCACUCAAGAGGAAGGCAAUAACUCAUGAUGAUGAAAUGCAGCGGCUCUAUGAAGAAAUGGAACAGCAAAUAAACAAAGAAAAGGAGAGAAUACUUCUGCAAGAUUCAGAGAAGUUCCUGUCUCUUAGCCAAGAUCUGGAGCUUCAGCUUUCAAGAAAAGAGCAUGAGCUGGAUCAGCUAGUUCAGAAGCAGAGGAGGCUGGAGCUUCAGUGCAUGGAUCUGCACAGCAAGCAGCACGAGACCAAGGUGCAGAACGUGAAGCUGAAGCAGACCAACGAGGAGCUGGGGAAGGACCUGGAGAGGACCUGCCAGGAGCUGGCCCUGGCCCAGCAGCAGCUCCAACAUCUCCAUGAGGAAGCAUCUCGGCUGUACGAGGAGAGAGAGAUAGAGGUAUACAGGGUUACAGAAGGACUACAAAGAGAGAGAGCAGGUCUGCUGAAGCAACUUGACCUGCUGAGGGAAAUGAACAAGCAUCUUCGAGAUGACCGGGAUGUUUGUUUUGAAAAGCCUAAGAGUUCAGUCUCAAAUUCCACCUGGAAUCAGAGAUCUGGAUCGAUUGUUGGUAAAUACACAGAGCGAAAACCGUCCCUGAAAAGUGAUGAUGAAGAAGAUGUCUUAUCAACAAGGAGAAACUCGGACGGUAUGAAUGGACACUGCCAGGCGAACAAAGAGAACGACUACGAGAGUAAAAUGAUGAAGAAGCGGCACCUCAAAAGGAUCAUCUCCAUUGAGGAAGACCACCUGCCACAGUUCCUGGAUGUGGAGUAUGGGAUCCAGCUGAAUGAAUGGGCUGAGGAGGCUGAGGAGCAGGAGGAAGAAGAGGUGGGACAGAGAUGGCAGGCAGAAGCUGUUUAUACAUCUCCUGCAGCUUUAGGGACAAACCAGCACCCUUCUGAGCAGAGGGACCAGGUCUCCAGCAGUGGGGCACCAUCCUCUCCAAGAUGGCAGCCAGUAGGCAAGGAGACAGUGGCACAUGAAGAAGGACACAUUGCCACCCCGGAUCGCGUAUUCAAAAUAGUUCUUGUAGGGAACUCCAGUGUGGGUAAGACAUCUCUUCUGAGACGCUUCUGUGAUGACUGUUUCUACCCCGGCACAUCUGCCACAGUAGGGAUUGACUACAGUGUGAAAACAGUGACAGUGGACAACAGCCAGGUGGCACUCCAGAUGUGGGAUACAGCAGGGCAAGAGAGGUAUCGCAGCAUAACGAAACAGUUUUUCCGGAAGGCAGACGGGGUCAUUGUAAUGUAUGACAUCACAUCCGAGCUCACCUUCACAUCAGUACGACAGUGGCUCAUGAGCGUCCAGGAGGGAGCAGGAGAUGAUAUUCCCAUCAUGCUGGUAGGAAACAAAACAGACAAGGAGAGUGAGCGAGAAGUUCAGUUUAACUCAGGGCAGCGGUUAGCUAAGGACUUGGAUUUGAUUUUCUACGAGUGUAGUGCAUUUUCAGGUCACAGUGUAAAAGAGUCCAUGCUUCAGUUGGCACGAAUUUUAAAGGAGCGAGAGGAUAAAGAAAAGGAGAAGACAAUCCAGCUGGUAGACGAUAGUUCAAAAAAGAAAUCGUGCUGCAUGUGACAGUAGAGAGUCACACUAUUUGGAACAGACUUUUCUUUCUGAAGCAACUUUAUGAACUGUGCCAAGGGUCUCUAUCCUUGUUCGAUGUUUCACUCUCUUCAGUCAUGUUGAGCAAUCAGUGGAAACACAGUAGAUGUUGUGUUUCGUGGCACACAGGCACUUCUCACUUUCAAAACUGUCACUGCUCUCAGAAAAAAUGUUUUGCUCUUGUUUAGGGACCAUUGUGAAGUGAUUUAGCUUGAUGGUCAGCACAUGGAGUGAAAUGGAGAAAGGGCAAUAGGAUUCCUUCAGGAUGGUUAUAAAGUCAAUGGGCCCUAUUUCUGGAAAAUGCAAAGGCAAAUUGUAAUAAGUCUAACAGUAUAAAAAUAGCAAGAAUCAACAUGCAGUGAAAUGUGCUUAGUGCCACUCAUGUUCAUGCCACCCUCUGCUUACUAUCACCACAUUGACAUGAAUAUAAUAUGAGUCAAUGGGGGCAAGCUCCAGAUACUAUCAAUUUGGUUAUGAUCACAUUCCUGUUAAUAUCACACAUAUUUAACAAACAUGGAAACUGAUUUCCUUCCCAGUUAAUAUCACUUUGGGGAAUGAAAACAAAGGUUUUCACAGAAUUUUCUUUUGCCUUUGCUUCAAAGUAGGGCUCAGUGUAUUGCUUUAAUUUGCUGCUAUGUAAAAACAACAAAACAUACCUAACCAAUUUGUAAAGAUCUGCCUAGUGAUGCUAUGAGUCCAUUUGAAAAUGGUGCCUUAUAUAUUUUUUCUGGUUCAGAUGCUUUCAUAGGGACAUACUGUGCCCAUAUUAAGCAGCAACUCACUGUUAUGUAGUGUCUGAUGUCAUAGCCUGGCAUGUUUAACUGAUCUGCGGUGAUAGCAGUGAAAUAAACUUGUAUACUGACUAGCUUUAUAACCGGCCUAUAUAUAAACUGGUGUCAAACCGGGUGCAUGAAUGUAUCAAAAAUGUUUUAUUUAUAAAUGUUUUGAAGUGUAUUACAUGAUAAUGACAUUAGUGAUACCUUUAAAAAUAUAUUUAAAAAUAAUAUAUAUUACUACUGCCUUAUUGAAGAAGCU